ACAUCAGAAACCUCUCCCUCAAACUCCUCAUCUCUUCUCCUGCCAAAAUGUCCAGCAACUGCUGCUCUGGAAACUUCUCCUCCAGAUCCCUUGGGAGCUGCCAGCGCUACUCAGCAUCUGUCUGUGGCUCCUCUUACCCCAGCAACCUGGUCUACCGCACCGACGCCUGCUCCCCAAGCCCCUGCCACCUGGGAUCCUCUCUCCACACUGGCUGUGGGGAAACCAUCUGCAAGCCCACCAGGUGCCAGGUCCCCUGCGUGGUGCCCGUCUCCUGCCAACCCUCCUGCUACCGACCCGCGACCUCCAUCCUCUGCACACCUUGCCAGUCAUCCUGCUCCCGCCCCAGGCCCUCCACCCUCUGCAGCCCCUGCGGGUCCCCCUACUAUGCAGGGGCUCGGGGCUGGAGCUCCAGCAGCAGCUGCUCCCUGGGUUAUGGGGCUGGAAGUCGCUACACCGUGAGCUGCGCCCCCAGCGCCUUCACACCCCUGGCUUGCGGGGCCAGUGGCUUCCCUUCUCUGACCUAUGGCUCUGUGUUCUGCCGCCCUUCCUACCUGACUUCUCUGCCCUGCCAGUCUUCUUGUUAUAGACCAAUCUUUGGGUCUAACUGCUAA